GCUCCGAUGCUUGUGGUGUUUAUGGCAAGAGGCGGAAGCAAGCUGAACUGUCGUGUUUCAAGUGAUAAACAUAUUGAAUUUAUUGAACAUCAUAAAUAAACUACAUUAUAAAAGUUAUAAAAAUUAGAGCUAGAUUAUACAAUUAAAUAUAUAUAUAUAUUUUCACAAGAAACAAUGGUGUUAAUUUUUUCAGUGAUUAAUUAUUUAAGUUAACCCUUUGAGUGUCACUAUGUGCAAGGAUUUAACCUGAGGACUUCAGGAUAUCGUGCGAGAUGACAACUCCUGCCAAGAAACGGAUUCGCCUUGAUUCGUCCGCAGGCGCAGGCUACAAGAUGGCGGUGGCGGGGUUCUGCUCGGAGGAGGACGAGGAGGACCUGGAUACCGACAUGCACUCGCCCACCGACAUCAGUGAGGACAGCGUCGAGGUGAAGGUCAAGCCCAUCUCCGGACCCGCGGGCGGCUGCAAGAGCAAGAGGAAGUGCGCCGAGCCGAGGAAGUUCGGGGAGGAAGUGAAGAGGAGACUCGUGGACUACCGGAACGUGCGGGAGAGCGAGUCCGGUCCGUUCCGCCCUUGGAGCCAGGAGCCGGCGGAGUGUCCGCAGGACGAACCGCUGUCGCUGGUCCUGCGGGACGCGGCCGUGCUGGAGCGGUUGGCACCCGUGGUGAGGCCCGCGGACCAAGGGAAGCCCAGGCCGAGGCCGCAGGAGGUGGUGAGAUUGCACGGCGCCGCGGAGAAAUCCGAGGGUGAGGACUCAGGUGACAGACCUCGAGUGUUCAGUGUGGAAUCGUUGAUAAGAGACCGACCGGGCACUUCGACCGUUACGGACCCCGCGGCCGCCGGGACCGACAAGAGGAAGGGCACGUCGAUACAGUCCCAACAGAGGAACUACAAGAACAUGACGCGAGAGAGGCGGAUAGAAGCUAACGCCAGGGAGCGCACCCGCGUCCACACCAUCAGUGCGGCGUUCGACACGUUACGACGUGCCGUACCCGCUUACAGCCACAACCAGAAGCUGUCGAAGCUGUCGGUCCUGCGUAUCGCCUGCUCCUACAUCCUGACCCUGAGCAGGGUCGCCGGCAACGACUACAGCGCGGAUGGCAGUCAACCUCCACUGUCGGAGUGCGUGGACAACGUCUCUCGCACCAUCCAACUGGAGGGCAAGCUCCGCAAGAAGAAAGACGACUAGUUGUUUCCUCGUACAAUCCUACUUAACGCUUUUAUACAUUUGACAGAGGCUACUUAAAAUGUCCAUUUAUAUACUCAACGUUCUAUCCUGUGCAGUACUGAACGUUUAAAUUAUUUAACUGAAUAAUACAUUCAUCAUCAGUUUUCAACAAAAAUCACUGAUACAGAUUUGACGGCAGGCUGUUAUGAUCUCAAAUUGAAUGUGUAAAUUGUGUAUUGAUUUAAUUUUAUGAAAUAUCAGGUAGUAUCAGGUCUUAAUAAUAUUGAGUAUUUUAUUCUGUUCGCCUAAUAGAUAUAUAGAUGUUUGCGCAGGGGCGUACCUAGGAUUCGAUAUAAGGGACAAUUAAUUACUAACGCAGCUCUUUUCAUACUAUAGGUUACGAUAUAUUUUUCGUUAGGGACCAGUGUUUUGUUUCAGAUUUUGUUUUGACGUUUACCGAAAAUAAACAAGCUAAAGUUAGUCCAAGAACUAUUAAUCAGUGAUUCGGCUAGAAAAUGGAAUCUUUUUUAUCGCUAUUCACCUGUCGUACAUUCUACAAACAAAAUUUAAUGUCCUAUAUCAAAUGCUGGGUUCGCCCUAGUUAUCAAUCUUCUAACUAUAAGUAGGCUGAUCCAAAAUCGCUCUGUUAAGAAAAGUACUUUAAUCAUAUUUUAAUUAUGCAACAACACAAACUAUUAUUGCUCAUAAAUUAAUUUCUACUUUUCAAACAUCUUUUGUAUUUCUAAAGAUCUUCUUCCACAUCUCAGAAUAUAUCAGAAAUGGGCCACUUAAACGAAGCGUGUCUUUUCUAAAUUUCAGCAAAAUAAAGACAUUCACAUUGAAAAUCUUUUUUCAAAAUUGUUUGAAUAAUUUAAUUACAAAUAUAACAUUAAUAUAUACGUUACCUAAAUACGAUACAGGCUAUUUUGAGAUGUUGAAAAGUAGUUCAAAACUAUUCUCUCGGAUAAAAAAUUAUUGAUAGAACGUAGAAAUAAAUUAGCUAAAUGUUACUGUAAUUUCGUUAUUGUAGCUCUACUAGUUAGUUUGUGGUUACUUUUCAAACUCGGGCAUCUAUAUUUUUUUAACCGAGAAGAAGGUUUUUGUACACGUAUAUCUGUGCUUAAAGAAUGUUAUGUUCCAUUAUGAAUUUUUAAAUUAGUGUUUAUAAUUAUAAAACAUUGUUAAUGUCUAAAAAUAUCGUACUUCCACGCUACAGCAUAGUUCGUGCCAUUCAAUUAUACUCAUAAUUAAUUGUAAAGAUACUUUAUUUUAAAGCAAUUUAAACUGUAAGUUCAAUAAUUAUUUGUCGUACUUUUGGCGACGGCUCCUUUAUUAUUACCUUAGUCUCUUAUAACAAUAAAUAAUGGUUAGCAGGUCUAACUGAGUACGAGGGUACAAGGCAGAUCUCUACUAUAUGGGUUGUGUCUCGCUAACAGGUCUAUACAAACUCAUUAUACUUUUAGCAAUUCCUAGCCUAGCGUUAGUUCUUUGAGUUUCUGUGUUACUUUUUGUAUUUUUAAAUGUUUAUGUGAAAGCGCGUUGUGUUACUUGUAUAUUUGUUUAUGUUUUGUAAAUAUGUACAAAUAUUUCAAAUUAUUAGAAAUGUUAUGCAUUAUUUUUGUUUUAUCAAUGUAAUUCGAAUUUUAUGAUUUAAGUUUUGUUUUGUCUACGUCCAUGUGAUUUUAACUUAAAUCGGUUGAAACCGACAAUCACUUAAAAUACAGCUUUUAUCAAAGUAUA